AUGAAAAUUAUUAGAGUUUUUAUUCCCUUAUUAUUAACAUCUUUUAAAAUAAAUAAGUAUUUAUUUGAGUUAAAAACUAUAAAAGUAAAUUCUUUUCUGUUUUGUAUCUUUUCUAUAAUUUUGGUAAUUCAUAAUCACAUAAGAGUAUUAUGUCUAAGAAGAAGAUGAAUAAAUACAAAUUUUUUUAUUUCUUGAGAUUUUUAUUCUCUAGUUUUUUUAUUUAUUAGAUUUUCUGUAACAUGAUCUAUUCUUGAUUUUGCUAAUUGAUACAUAGGAGAAGAAGUAAAAAAUAAAACCUUUAUGAUGUUUCUCUUUAUAUUUUUAAUAUUUAUAUUUAUCCUAACUUCCUCAAUUAAUUUGGUAUUUUUACUAAUUAGGUGAGAGAGAGUGAGAAUUAUAUCAUUUCUUCUUAUUAAUUGGUGAUUUAGGCGUAGAGAAGCAAGAUUAUCAAGAUUACAAGCAAUAAUUUAUAACCGUAUCAGAGAUUUUUGUUUUUAUAUUAGAAUUUUCUUAAUCUUUAUAUCAAGGAUAAAUGUAAAUAUUAUUAGAGGGUAUAGAAAUAGUCAAAAUUUCAAUAAUUUUGUUUUUCUUCUAUUUUUAGUUGGAAUAAUAGCUAAAUCCUCAUUAUAUCUUUUUCACCCUUGAUUACCUAAUGCUAUAGAAAGACCUACUCCCGUAUCAGCUUUAUUACAUUCCUCUACUAUGGUAGUUGCUAGAGUUUACUUAUUGUGUCGAUUAUUAAGAUUUUUUAAUUUUUCAUCAAUAAGAAUUGUUAUACUAGUGAGAGCCCUAACAAUAUUAUACAGAUCUAUUUGUGCUCUCAGACAAUUUGAUAUAAAAAAAAUUAUUGCUCAUAGUACUACUAGUCAACUAAGGUUAAUAGUUGUUACAUUAAGGCUUAGGUUUCCUAUUAUUUCUUUUUUUCAUUUAUGUAUACAUGCUUAUGUAAAAAGUUUAAUUUUUAUUUCAUCAGGUGUUUUUAUUCAUGGAAUUAGGAGACUUCAAGAUUAUCGUAAGAUAAUAAUAAGAUGUAUUUCUUCUAAGUUUUCUAAAUUAUGUAUAAUUUUAUGUUCAUUAUCUUUAAGAAGAUUUCCUUUUAUAUCAAGAUUUUACUCUAAAGAUAGUAUUUUAGAAAAUAUAUAUAGGUCUUUCUUUAAUAGUUUUAGAUCAAUAUUGGUAAUCGUCGGAUCUGUUUUUACUGUAGCUUACUCAUUUCGAUUGGUAAGUUUAACUUUCUUAGUUGACAGUAAAGAAAGAUCAUUUUCGGUAAAACUAAAUAGACAAGAACAAUUUAAUACAACAUUUUUUUUUAUAUCUCGUUUAUUUAUUUGAGGAAUACUAAGAAGAUUUUUUACUUUUUGAUCUUUAUUUUUUAUUUUAAAUGAAGAACAUAUAGGAAGAUGAAUAAAAAUAAUUCCUCUUAGAAUUCUUUUAUUAAGGUUAAUGAUUGGGUCUAAAUUUUUUUUUAGAAUACUUAUAGAGUUUUCUCCAAACACACAAUUAUUAUAUUACAAUCCCGUUAUUCACCGAUUUCAACUGUUAAUUUUGUUUUAUAGAAUUAAUUUUAUUAAAAUUAUUGAAUUUUGAAGAAUAGAAAUAUUGUGGGUAAAUCAACUAAAAAAAAUUCCUAAAUUUAGUGUUCUAGGAAAGAGAUUUGUCUCAUAUAAAGAUUACUUUAUUUUUAGAAUAUUUUUUUUGAGUGUUCUUUUCUUUCUUUAUUUUUUACUCCAAU